AUGAAGACGCCAGACCCAGAAGACAUGUACCCCCAGAUGAAGCUAUCUCCGAAUUCCCAUGUCGACGCCGACAGCCCACCGCAGUGGAGUCGUGGGCGGGGCCAGCAGAUAGCGCUGUCAGGCGCCCUGUUUGAGCCGCGCAGGCACACCAGACCUCGCAGAGGCGGCCUGUCUGAAGCAUCGAUGAUAGGUCAUGGCUUGUGGAGUGCCAACAAAACACCCAACAUGGUCCAUAUAAAGGCCUGCACCGAGCGGGACUCGACCAGCGAACCGAUCUGCGGCGACGCGCUGGGGCUACAUCCCGCCCACGUAGCCGCCCGCGAGUCCAAGCCCAGAAGAACAUUUAUUCUUGCAUCCGCCCCCCAGACGAAGCCAUCCACAACCGCUACCCAACACCGAGGCACCUUCGUUCUGGCUGCCGAAGAGCUGCUCUUCCAGCUGCGAAUCAUCACGUGAGACCGGCCGCGGGGUCAUGUCCCGGUGCCACAAACCACCCCCAGGCUGGAGCUCAUUUGACAAGGAAGGGACGUAAAACCAGCCAGCGAUGUGGAG